AUGGGGAAUGAAGCGAGCCUGGAAGGAGGCGAAGGGCCGCCGUCUGGGCUGCCGGAGGGGCUGGCACCGGACGGGAAGGGCGGCUUCGUUCGGGUCUCUGAUGGGACUCCCGUCAACCUGGAUGAACUCAGCGAGGAGCAGAGGAAGCAGCUCGCCGCCGCGAUGUCAAGGGCGCAAGGCAGGCAGCCUGGAGGCGCAGCAGCUGCACGAAGACCAUCAGAAUCUGAUGCCCAGCGGAGUCCCCAGCAGGUAGGGGCCUCCAGGGGUCCUUCAGGUCUCAGUAAGAGUCGAACUGUAGACGCCUUCAACCAGGGUCCACCCGGCAAGCCCACACCAGGCCGCAGCCCUUCCUCCCUUAGUCUUUUUGAAUCUAGAUUCCGGCAGGAGCCUAAAGACCCAGAGACCAAAUCCUCCGGUAUGUUUGGCUCAAGCUUCCUCAGUGGGGCCAAUCCCCUCAGCGCUGUCUCCUCCAUGACCUCCUCUGUCUCCUCCUCCAUUUCCUCCAUGGGAGACUCCGUCAACAUUCCCAAGUUUGGACUGUUUGGGGAUGAGGAGGAAGAGGGAGGAGCAGCUCCUGAGUCCAAGCAGGGAGGAAAACCACCAGGGAAGGGCCCUCAGCAAGGGCCAGGACCAAAGGGACCACAACAAGGACCACCUCAGAAACAGGGUCAGGGACCUCCUGGACAAGGACCAAAGCCAGGGCAAGGGCCACCAGGGCAGGGACCCAAGCAAGGUCAAGGUCCUCCUGGACAAGGACCUCCAGGACAGGGACCCAAACAGGGUCAAGGCCCUCCUGGACAAGGACCAAGGCAAGGUCAGGGACCACCAGGUCAGGGUCCUCCUGGCAAAGGACCUCCAGGCCAAGGACCCCAAGGGCAGGCCCCAAGGCAAGGUCAGGGACCCCCGGGGCAACAGGGCCCAAAACCAGGUCAAGGACCACCAGGUCAGGGUGCAAAACAGGGUGGACCCCCUCAGCAAGGACCUGGGAAACCUGGACCUAAACAACAAGGUCCACCAGGGGCUCAGCCUGGUGAGCCAGCUAAGAGCGGAGGGCCCCCUGGUCAGCAGGGGCCUGGAAAGCCUGGAGGUGGUGUCUGUCCGCUGUGUAAGACCACCCAGCUGAAUGUUGGGUCCAAGGAUCCACCGAAUUACAGUAACUGUACAGAGUGUAAGAACCAGGUCUGCAGCCUGUGUGGGUUCAGCCCUCCAGACUCAGCGGGUAAAGAGUGGCUGUGUCUCAACUGCCAGAUGCAGCGAGCAAUGGGAGGUAUGGAUCCCCCUGGCAUGACAAAACCAAAACAAGGCUCGGCCCCACCCUCCCCCCAGAGACAGGUGCCCGGGAAGCCUGGCAAGCUGCUGAUAAAGCAGCAGAGCACCACUGACCAAGGGUUGACACCGCCAACAACGCCAAGGCAGAAGUCGCCAGGUCCCACUUCCCCUGUCCCUUCUUCCCCAGGCUCUUCAAUGGGAGGAUCCCCUAAAAUUGACCCAAAGACUGGCCGCCCCAUCCAGCAGAAGUCCACACCCCAGCAGUCUCCUGCUAAACCCAAACAGGAGUCCAGUUUCUUUGGCGGGUUGGGAGGUAUCAGUCUUGGAGGUUUAACAGAUGCAGCCAAACCACCUGCGGCUGCAUCCCAAGCCUCCGGAGGGUUCUUUGGCGGGUUGGGUGGCUUAAUGGAAUCAUCGAAACCUCAAGCACCAGCUGCAUCCAAGCAGGAGGAGUCAGUCGCUGGGAAGUUUUUUGGAGGUUUUGGCGGGUUGACUGAAGCAGCGAAACCUCCAGCUGCUGCGUCCCAGAUGUUCAGCUUUGGGUCGUCGCUCUUGAGUUCAGCCACCAAUAUUGUCACCGGAGAGGACGACAAGGCAGCGAAAUCUCCUCCAGGGUCACCGCCAGACUCACCCGCUGACUCAGGACCAGGCUCCCCCCCGGAUUCCGGCCCGGGAUCACCACCUGACUCUCCGUUCUCUCCUCCAGGGUCUCCUCCCGAUUCGGACUCUGCUCCUGACACCCCACCAGCCAAGUUCAAGAAAGCUCCCAGAGCUCUUUCUGUGGAGAAGAAAGAAAAAGAACCAGCAGCCAAACCUGCAUCUGCACCUGCACCAGCCUCAGCUACCAAGGAAAACUGCCCCCUCUGUAAUGUGGAUCUCAACGUUGGUUCAGCAGAGGCACCCAACUUCAGCCUUUGCACUGAGUGCAAGAAGAACGUUUGCAACCAGUGUGGAUUUAACCCAACUCCUCAUUUAGGAGAGAAAGAAUGGCUUUGCCUCAACUGUCAGACCCAAAGAGCCAUGUCGGGCCAACUGGGAGACACGCCACCUUCAGCCACGGCUUCCCCAAAGAAGCAACCACCUGCUCCUGCUCCCUCCUCCACCCCCGCCCCUGCUGCUGUAGAUAGCAAACCCGUAGUAGAAGCAGCAGAGCAAACCCCACCUGCUCCUGAGACCAAGGUGAAAGCAGUGGACACCCUUAAAGACCCUGGAAAGACAGAAAUGGUUACCAAGGAGGGCAGCCCCACCAGCCCAUCAGACCUUUCAAAGCUGGAAAGCACGGUCCUUCCAAUCCUCGAGGCCCAAUCCAAGGAUGAUGAGGAGAGACAAACAGACACUCUCAAGUCUAGACGCAAAUUAGAGGUGCUUCCUCUCUCCCCUGACUCACCAAGCUCAGAAGACGACAGAGAACUCUCUGAGACCAAAGCUGGACCGAAGAAAAAACUCCUUGUGCCCAUGGAUGUCAAAGCAGAUUCACUGGAGGAAAGCAGUGAAAGCAUCGGAAAAGAGAGCCCUAUGUCAGGGGACGAUGAAGAAUUUAUCCGAAAACAAAUCAUGGAAAUGAGUGAGAAUGAGGAUGCUUCCCCAUCUGAUGAGGAAAACGUUAUCCGGCGAAAGAUUAGAGAGGAUGAGAGGAAACAGAUGGAACAGAAGAAGUCAGAGGCUGUAGAGAGGAGUACAUCAGGAAAAGCCAGACGACUUACCAAGAAGAGCACUAUAAGUCCAGAUGAUGAGGAACCUAAGGAACUCGGCUCAUUGGAUAAACCUGAUGCAGACAAAAAGGAGGGAUUAGAUACAAAAAUAGACGAGCAACAGACUGGUACUGCAAUUCGUCAAUUUGAAACUAUGGACCUGAAUGCUGUCAGCAGCCCAAUACGUAUUCCUAAUAAUGACGGAGACCCUGAAAUGGAAAGCCUUACAGAUUCUCCAGAUGAUCGGUCAAAAGGUGAAGGGUCAUCCAGUUUACAUGCGUCAAGCUUUACUCCUGGGACAUCCCCAACAUCCCUCUCAUCACUCGAUGAAGACAGUGACAGUAGCCCCAGCCAUACACGUUCAGGUGAGGGGAAACAACAUAGAAAAGCCAAACACAGACAGCCUGGUCAAAUGCUACCUACUAUUGAAGACUCCUCUGAGGAGGAUGAGUUACGGGAAGAAGAGGAGCUCCUGAGGGAGCAAGAAAAACAGAAGGGCUCUGGAAAGAAAUCUAAGAAAGACAAAGAUGAGAUUCGAGCCCAGAGAAGGCGAGAGCACCCAAAGACUCCUCCAAGUAAUCUGUCCCCGAUUGAAGAUGCUUCUCCGACUGAGGAACUGAGACAAGAAGCAGAAAUGGAAGAGAUCAGACGAUCAUCUUGCUCUGAUUUCUCUCCAAGUCUUGAAUCAGAUCCUGAAGGAUUUGAAAUACAUGCUGCAAAGAUUGCAGCGGUUCAAAAAACCUACCAACUGCCUACAUCAGAUUCUCUGCACUCCCCAACAGAGGAUGAAAACAUUGAUAAAUCCCCCAAAAAAGUUUUAAAAUCUGCUGAUGAGGCUUAUGAGGAAAUAAUGCUCAAGGCCACAUCUCCAACAGUUGAAAAGGGGGGGAUCCAAACUGGAAAAGAGCCCCUCUAUGGAGGCAUGCUCAUUGAAGACUAUGCCUAUACAUCUCUUAUUGACAAUUCAAAGGCUGAACAAGAGGAGCCAGAGAAGAUAGUUGUUCCUGCUCAACCUAAAAAGCUGAGAUCUCCAGAUGAAGUUUAUGAAGAUAUGAUUAAGAAAAGAAAAGAAUUCAUGAAGCUGGAGCAGGAAUACCAAAAUAUGCAGCCCAAAAAGGAAACCCCCAACCCAGAAAUAGUGUUGGAACCUGCUGAGAAAACCUUUUCAGAAAGUGGUACAGUAACUCUGGGAAAAGAUGGGAAGCCAUUGUUAGAUGCUGAAGCUGCAUAUGAGGAGCUAAUGAAAAGGGUGCUUACUCCUGGAACAAGUCCGACUCAGCCAGAGCCAGAGGUGGAAGCAGCAUCUCGCAGGGCACUCCACCCUAUCCCAGACUUAAGGGUGACACAGUGCUCCUCAGGAGAGUUGUCUUCUGAUGAGGAAAGUGCUGUUAAGAAAGAAGAAACAAAAACUGCACCAGCGUCAGAAGCUGAGCCUGUGGCACCGAUUUCUGAGUCUUCUCCGUCAGAUCAACCGCCUCAUACCAUUGCUGAACCAUCCCAGGCUGAUGUUGACUUAUCUGGUGAACUUCCAAAGACAUCAUCCCAUGUCAUUGCUGGUGUGUCACCCUUACCCACAGUGCCCCAGUACACACCCAGUAUUCCCAGCGUUGUGUCAACUGCCCCCCCUGUGCCCCCAAAGCCAAGUGUGCUGCGGAGGGCUAGCUCUCAGGAAAAAUCAGAAGAACCUGUUGUACCACCACUGCCUCCUCCCACACCACCAAAGCCCACUGUUUUUCCAAGGAAACCCCCAGUUCCUCUGCCGUCACAGGCUCCAGCAACUGCAGUCAGGCCAGAGAUGGUACCCAUGACUGCACCCCAAGGGCCACCUCCAAGACAAGGAGUCACACCAGUGUACAAACCUCAUGUCCCCCCACCUGUUCCCCCAAAGCCUUCCAUUCCAGCUGGAAUCGGGGACAGUCACAGACCAGGGCAUGGUGUCAAACCACCAAUUGCUCCCAAGCCUGGCUCACAGCCCUCCUCACCUGCCCACGCCCAACAUCCAGUAAGACCAACUGCACUUCCUACUGGCUCUUCUGACAUAGCUCUAAAUUUGAGCCCUUCCUCCGAGACCAAGCCUUUUCAGCCCUCACCAAAGUCUCCUUCUUCUCCAAGAUAUGCCAGCAAUCUACGUGACACAUAUGUGGUUAUCACACUGCCAUCACAGCCCAGCUCUCCAGUAGACAGUAUCUCAACUCAAGCUCCAUCCAGCCCUAGUCCGGCUUCUCCUGCACACCAUGCUCAACCUCAAGGCUAUCAACAACCACAGCCCCAACCUCAGUCAUAUCCACAGCAGCAUCCACAACCAACCCCUCCUCAAACAACGCGGGUGCCUCUGGCAUACACACGUGUUACAGAAUCCAUUGAAAGUCAAGAGAUUUGUGGUCCAGAAAAACAUGUUUCCAGUUCUUGUCACAUAAUUGAAGCUAUAUCUGCCUCAGCACAGCCACCUGUGGUUAUGCCCAACGUCAUUUCUCAAGUAGUAACCACAGAGGUUCAAAGGACCACUGUCUCUGUUGUCCAUGAAAGGACGCCACCACCAGUACCAGCUCCAAGGGCAACUGGUAUCCCAGUCUCAAUGGAGAAACCUAAGCCCCAAAUACCAGCACAGAAUGGACAGACUUUCCAACCUUCUGAGGUGGUAGAUCUGAGGACUAUGAAGGUGGACCCAGAGUCAGACAUGAAAGGUGUUGAUCUGUCUGCUGGCCAAGACUCAAGACGUCAGUCUCUGGCUACUGAUGUCAGCCGUCAGAACAGCGCAGUGCAGUCACCUGUGGUCAACCUUAGUGCAGAAUCAUCUACUGUCUCCAUAGUGACUGAUAGCAUCACCAUUGUGACCUGCUCUGCCACAAUUCAGCGAUGUGAUGCAGACACCACUCAAAUAUCUUCAGUACCCCUGCAGCUAACAAAAAAUAAAGCAUUUGAGCCUGUUUCUCAAAUUAUAUACCGACCCAUUGAUUCUCAGCCCUCUACUAAUGCUGCUACAGAGAUCCCUAUUAACCUCUCAGUUGGAUCAAGCAUAGGAGGAACUUUCCAGUCCAUACCUGUGACUAUUGCACCCACUUCUAUUGCAAGCUGUGUUGCCAAUGGAUUAAAUGCAGGUACAACCACAGUGGCAGGCGCUGUUGACCUUAGUACAACAAAACCCUUCAACACUGUGGUAUCGGUGGAUGCUGCUUCUUCAGAAGUGGCCACAGCAGUUAUAACAGAUGAUGAUGGCAAACCAGUGGAUCUGACUGCAGGAAAAAGAGCAGUAUGCUGUGAUGUUGUGUACAAGCUACCAUUUGCAGGAAGUUGCACUACUCAACAGCCAACCACACCUCUGCCUGAAGACCGUUUUGGAUAUCGUGAUGAUCACUACCAGUAUGACCGAUCACCUUAUGGCAUGAGAGGAUUUGGUGGAAUUAAACCAUCGAUGUCAGAUACUAACCUAGCAGAAGCUGGUCUGUUCUUUUACAAGAGUAAGAACAGCUAUAAUUUUGGUGGUACCACAGAGGGUGCAGUAGAUCUCACCUCUGCAAAGAUUUCUGAUGCAGGUGAAGCUGUUGACUACUCCAAGAAAGGGAAUUACGCUGGAAUGACAAUCCCACCCUAUUCCCAAGCCAGAGUCACAAGUGUUGGUGGCACGCUCUUUGGUACAAGCAAUGUCUUAAGAUCAUCAAAUGGGGUAGUCUAUUCCUCUGUAGCAGCACCAGUACCUUCUACGUAUGCCAUUACCACCCAGCCUGGGUCCAUCUUUAGUACAUCAUACAACACACUGUCAGGUAUGCAUACCAGCGACACCAUGCCAUCCUUGUCAAAUCUCCAGAACUUGCCACUUACAAGAUCUCAUAGUUUCCUGUCUACCAUCUCUACUACUGAAGCAGAGGAGAUGGGAGAAGUCCCACUCAAUCUGGAGAUAUCUAGAGGGGGCACUACCACUGCACAUGUAACAUCUUUAUCUCUUGACACUUACACUGACGCAUCCCUAGAGGCUAUAGCUGCUUCAUUGGAGGCUCUGUCAUCUCCCAUGGUACCUGGAGAUGGCCAAUAUAUGGCAGAGCGUGAGAGGCUAGAGAUGGAGAAACUCAAACAACAGCGCUUAGCAGAGGAAUUAGAACGGGAGCGUCAGGAAAUUCAGCGGUUCCGUGAGCAAGAACAGCUCCUAGUGCAAAAAGAAUUGGAGGAACUACAAGCUAUGAAGCAGCAGAUCCUGACCCAGCAAGAAGAGGAAAGGCAGGCUCACCUUAUGAUGCAAAAAGAAACCUAUGCCCAGCAACAGCAGCAGCUUGAGCAGAUCCAGAGACUCCAAGAGCAACUACGCCUGCAACUGGAAGAGCAAAAGUUCCGUCAGAUGUACCCAGAUGGGGGGAUACCAGGGCAUGGCGUGCAGGAGGCAAUUGUCUUAGGACCUGAUGGCACAGUGCUGGCAAGAAAGAUCACAGAUAGUGGGUGCCAGACAGAUGAAGAGGAUGAAGCAGUCAGCAAAGCUUACACAGCAGGGAGGAAAAAGCGAAGUGCUAAAAAGAGUGUUGAUAGCUGUGUGCAAACUGAUGAUGAGGAUCAAGAUGAAUGGGAGGCUCAGACCAGAAGCCGGCAAAGCCGGCCACGCACUUCCAGGGGUGACAGGGGUGGGCAGUCAGACAUGUCUCUUCAGGCCCACACCGAGAUUUCAAUACAGACAGAUUCAGAAGGGAACAUAAUAAUGGACUCCAGGAUGGAGUUGUCAGACUCUGAAAGGACUUCACCAAAGAGACGACCUAACCCUCUAGAAAUUGGCCAGUCUCCCAACCUUAAAGUUGAUUCCUCCACACUUCAGGCUCCUAAGUCUCCCAAAGUGCUUUAUUCUCCAAUAUCCCCCUGUAUAUCCCCUAGCAAAUCCAUGGAAUUUGUGUCUUAUGACAAAUCACUGGGAGAUACAAGCCCACAAAAGCUAAGAGGAAGUGUAGAUCCAUCUCAUGGCUCUCCAGUAAGCCCAAGGGGACCAAAAGCAAUGCAAAGAUCCAUGUCUGACCCGAAGCCCAUGAGUCCAACAGGGGAAGAAAGGGCAACAUCUGGUACCCAGUAUGGGGAUGGCUACACUGGGAAAGGUAGCACACCAACAGGAACUCAAAAGAAGGUGAAGCGGACCCUACCCAAUCCACCAUCAGAAGAAGAGUCAACCACCAGUGGUCAAACGGCAUAUCCCACUGGUUCUGCCCGCCGCAGAAUGUGCCGUAAUUCCAACAUGGCCCGUGCCAAGAUCCUACAAGACAUUGACCGUGAGCUAGAUCUAGUGGAGCGAGAGUCUUCUAAGCUCCGCAAGAGACAAGCAGAACUAGACGAGGAGGAGAAAGAGAUUGAUGCCAAGCUCAGGUAUUUGGAGAUGGGCAUAAAUCGUAGAAAAGAUGCUUUACUGAAGGAGCGGGAGAAGAGGGAAAGAGCUUACUUGCAGAGUGUUGCUGAGGACAGAGACUACAUGUCAGAUAGUGAGGUUAGUAAUAUCCGAGAGACUAGAGGUGGGCUUGGAGACGGUGAAGAUGAGGAUAUGGAAGGUCAUGGGCUUGAACGUCCCAGAACAGCUCCUCAGUCAGAACUGGAUGACUUUGUUCCACCUCAAACCAAGCAUGAAUAUGGAAAAUACUCACAAUACCAAUACCCUCAGAGCCAAUACCAGCAGUCUCUAUACCAGACUCCCCAGUCCUACCAAUCUCAUUCUGUCUACUCAUCGGUCCCCUCACUCACGAGCUCCCAGCAACAGAGUUACCACCAAAUGCUGCUGUUGCAGCAGAAGGCUGCCAGACAAGCAGCCCUCCUCUCAGAGUUAGAUGCAACUAAAUAUGAUGUCAUUAGCCGCCAGCCUGACCCCACAUCAUCAGCUUAUCUAGGAGUCAAGUAUGACAAAUAUGGAAACCACCUUGAUCUCAGAGCACUGGAAGUUGGAAGCAUGGCACGUAGCCCAAUGUCAGGUGUUUCUGAUUCCUAUUACACUGACGUAGAUCACCAUACACCUCGGAGUUACAUGUUGCUAGAAGAUGCUGCAGAGCUGGCUAAGGGUUCCACAGGUCUUUCAUCAUCUUAUAGUCUUGCAGAGAGGGAACUGGCAAAGGCAGAGAAGCUGCUGCGCCGCAGUGCUGCAGAUCUGGGGUCUACUGACUACUUGGGAUCAACUUCUAGACUUCAUACUUACGGAAAGACCCCUGAUGAAGAGGAUACAAUGGAGGAACCCUAUGAAUUGAAACUGCUGAAGCAGCAGCUAAAGCAAGAGUUUAGAAGAAGUACAGGUGGGACAGAAAACUUGGAACAACUGGCAGGUCUUUCCCAGCACUACUAUACCCCUAGCUCUGGUAUUUCUAGUUACUCCCAAAGACACUAUCCAAAGUCAGACAAAUACAGCAUCAGCCGACUUACCCUGGAGAAGCAGGCAGCUAAACAGCUCCCGGCUUCAAUGUUGUAUCAGAAACAUAAGACUCCAAUAGUAGAUCCUAAGAUCUCCUCAAAGUAUUCCUCUAUGACAGACAGCAGAGCUUUGGAGACGGACUAUACAAGCUAUCUUGGGUCCACGAGUGCAUCCCCACGAUCCAGCCGGCUCAUGCAGGAUGAGAUUACCUUUGGCCUCCGCAAGAAUAUCGCAGAGCAGCAAAAAUAUCUAGGCUCUACCUUGGGUGCUAAUUUGGCUGGGUCACUGAACCUAGGCCAGAGUUUAGGUUUGGACUCAGCCUAUCCUAGUGGUAGUCGCUCCAGACCCUCAUCAAGGCCCACAUCUUGCUACGGUCUGGACUUGUCUAUCAAAAGAGACCCUUCGAGCUCAUCACUUAGGCUCAAAGGGGAUGGUGAGGCAUCUGGAGACGGAACAAGCUAUCAAACCCCUUCUGGUCGCACCAAACCCACCAGCCUUCCUAUUGUGCAAAGUGGGCGUGGAAGAAUACCAAUAGUGGCCCAGAACUCUGAGGAAGAGAGUCCACUGAGCCCUGUGGGGCAACCCAUGGGCAUGGCUCGUGCAUCGGCAGGUCCUCUGCCGCCAAUUUCAGCUGAUUCAAGGGACCAGUUUGGUUCCUGCCUGUCCUUGCAGGAUUCCCAGCAACAGCAACAUAUCAGGGAAGAGCCAACGAGGGGUAGGGGUUAUGUGCUGCUUGAUGACCUUCAGGGCACCAUGUCAGAUAGUGAAGCUGUAAGUGAUUCCCUGAUGGCUUUGAACAGAGAGGAUGCAACCAAUGCCUACCACCUUCGACGAGAAGAGACUGAUUGGUUUGACAAACCUAGAGAUGGACGGCCAGAGAACGGACAUGAGAAGAGACAGGGAAAAGGCCCAUAUUACCCCUUCCCACACCUCAGGGUCAAACUGCAGAGGGACCUCAAAGACCGCAGUGUCUCAGGGAAUGGUCUGGGUAUCCGAGUAGUUGGAGGGAAAGAAGUCCCUGGUAGUAAUGGAGAUAUUGGAGCCUAUGUUGCUAAAGUCCUGCCUGGUGGAGCUGCUGAGCAAACAGGAAAGAUUCUUGAAGGAAUGCAAGUCCUGGAGUGGAAUGGCAUCCUUCUGACAGGGAAAACCUACGAGGAAGUACAAGGACUCGUUGGGCAGCUGUGCAAUGAGGCAGAUGUGUGCGUCAGACUGGAUCUUAACAUGCUGUCUGACUCUGAGGGCACAGAACACCUGGAUUUCCAGGAGCACAGCAAAGGUGACAGACCUCCCAGGUCUCCUGGUGUUGACCCCAAGCAGCUGGCGGCUGAGCUGCAGAAAGUGUCCCAGCAGCAGGCUCCCUCCUCUGGCCUGCCCGCCUCCACCUCAGCCACCUCCAGCCCCGCUCAGCCGGGGUCACCCUCCGUCAGCAAGAAACGCCACAGCAGCAAGACUGCAGAGGGAACCAAGACCCCAUCCCACCCCAUCUCUGGAGAGAUACAGCUUCAAAUCCACUACGACAAGCAGCUUGGGAACUUGAUAGUUCAUGUCCUGCAGGCCAGAAACCUUGCCCCACGGGACAACAAUGGCUACUCUGACCCAUUUGUUAAGGUGUAUCUCCUACCGGGGAGAGGUCAGGUCAUGGUUGUCCAGAACGCCAGUGCUGAAAACAAAAGGAGGUCAAAACACGCAGGCAAGAGUCUCAACCCGGAGUGGAACCAGACGGUCAUCUAUAAAAACAUCCUCCUGGAGCAGCUGAGGAAGAAGACCCUGGAGGUGAGCGUGUGGGACUACGACAAGAACUCCUCCAAUGAUUUUCUAGGAGAGGUUCUUAUAGACUUAUCCAACACAGCCCAGCUGGACAACAUCCCGCGCUGGCUCCCCCUGAAGGAGCAGAGCGAGGGUGACCACCACCGCCGCUCCCACUCAGGCCAGAGCAGACACAGCUCCUCUAAACCGUCCUCGCAGCACUCCUCCCCAAAAACCACCGGCUCCUCUGCCUCACAUGACAAUCAGGAGUCACCAAAAUCAUCUGUCAUCAAGAGCCGGAGCCACGGGAUCUUUCCUGAUCCAGCCAAGGGCCACAGAGGCCGCCUCUCUCUGAGGCACCAGAGACACAGCGUAGUGGGCGUGCUCACCAUUCAGAGAGCGCAGUCCGAUUGGCUGCCGGCCCUGCCAUCAUCAUCGGCCGCGUCGGCCAAAGGAAGCAGAGCGGAAGGCCGACACCUGACCCUCAGGAAAGCCGUGUCGGAAGAGAGGCCGCAGAGCAUCGGAGCGCGGUCCGGCUUCAGAUCCGGCGAUGCCCCGGUCACUGCAGCCUCGUUGGACAGCGGCCUGAGCGGCAGCGCCUACAGCCUGUUGGACGAAGAAGGAGAGACGAAUGAGGUGGACAGUGCCAUCUUCCAGGUGCCCCGAUUUGGAAAGAUCCCUAAUGGUACAGAUGUGAUGAAAUCAUCGAUGGGCCACGGUGACAUGGAAGGUAAGUCCCAGGUAAUGGGGGAGAUAAAGAUCGCUCUGAAGAAGGAGAUGAAGACAGAGGGAGAGCACCUGGUCCUUGAGAUUCUGCAAUGUCGCAACAUCACCUACAAGUUUAAGACUCCAGACCACCUGCCAGAUCUUUAUGUGAAGCUCUAUGUGGUGAACAUCGCCACCCAGAAAAGGAUCAUCAAGAAGAAGACCAGAGUGUGCCGUCACGACCGAGAGCCAUCUUUUAACGAAACCUUCCGCUUCUGUAUGAACCCCACAGGACACGCUUUACAGCUCUUCCUCGUGUCCAACGGCGGCAAGUUUGUGAAGAAGACCCUGAUUGGGGAGGCCUACGUGUGGCUGGACAAAGUCGACCUGCGCAAGCGAGUGGUGAGCUGGCACAAGCUGCUCGCCAGCACCGCCCAGAUCCACUCGUAGAAGGAGAGACUCAACGUUUUAAGGCAAAAUGUGCAGACACUUGGGUUCAACAUGGGUGAGGGGAAUCUGGGUGAAAUCUGUCCUUCUUCAGUCUUUAUUUCAGGGCUUGGAUUGGUGGAAAUUAACACAAGUUUACUGGAAGUACGGUGUAUAAAGGUGUGGUCCAGGCUGGGGGGGAGAAGGUGCUGAGUGUAGAGGGCAAGCACGGAAUCAACCAGGUAUUACACACUUUAUUCACACAAUAACAAACAUAAACACAAUCAUACAGACAGCAGAGAAAUCUAAAUCCUACAGGGAAUGGACACACUUUGUAGAUUUAUUUAUUUAGAUGUUUUAUCCAUAAGAUCUGACUCAUUGCUUUAUUAUGACCGCAGAGUUUUUAUUCAUUUACAAAGCAUUUUGGGAAAGAAAUAGUUAAGACUCCACUACGUGGGCCUCUUAUUUAUUUUUGUAUUUAGAAAAAAACUGAAUCUAUCAUUUGUCUUUUACUGAAUUGUUUAAGAAGUUAAAAAUGAGCCCUGACGCGAGCAUAGUAUAUUUUAUAACACACUACCUAUCAUUCCAGGAGAAAAAAACCUCAGCACGCAUGACUUCAUUCACUUUAGCCUCCUUUUUUUUCUCCCUUGAGUGUAAAUGAUGAUAAAGAGCUAUAUUGAUAUAUAUAUAUGAAAUUGGACACUAUAUAUUGUGCGCAUGAGUCUAUCUAUUUGGAAUGCACAAAAAUAAUCACCUCCAAGGUUCACUUUGUACAUAGUGAAGUGUUAUAGCUGGAUAUUAAUUAUGAUAUAUAGAUAGAUAUAUAGAUAUCUUUAUCACUGACAAUCGAGUCUUGAUGAUUGUGAAAUAGAGGUUUUAUUUACCCAUGAUGCCCCUUUAGAAUGUGACAUGUUUACCAUUUUUUUAAUGUGAGAUUCAAACACAUCUGUUCUGUUAUUGACCCAACAAUGCUUUGUGGUAUUUUGCACUUUUCCGCUUAGAAUGUAAAACUGUCAUUGAUAUAUUUCUAAGAAAUUAAUGCCAGAGAUUUUUUUUUUUUUUUUUGUAAUGAAGGGGGGAUGCAGAGCCUCAAGGGGGACAUGGGUAGGAGAGGAAUCAAAAUGAGGUUUCAGGUGUGUAACAUGAGAAAAAUUAAGGUUAACAUGACCACUUUAGCCUGAGAAGGAUGGCCACGCAUUGGACAAUUUCAGUGUUUACGGUUAGGUUUUAGGGCCAGACAUGCCCCCAACAAUAGUAGUGUGGUGUCCAUAAGGUAACUUUACUGCUCUAGAUUAAGGCGGAGCCUCUCUGAUCUUGACUCUUAAAUAUCAAGCAUUUAAUAUGUGAAGAAGGUUUAACUUUAUAUCCUUAAUUGGCAAUUGGCAGAGCUUCUUUUACUUUUAUUUAACAGUUAUUUAACCAGGAAACCCUCAUUAAGAUUUAAAAUAUUUUUUUCAAGAGAUUCCAGCAGGCAGCAGCACAGCUAACAGAGUUACAGACAGACAAUUAGCAGCCAUACAAGCUUAAUACUAAACUAGAAAACGUGGAAUAUUCAAAAAAGCAGUGAUUUUGUCAAAAAGACCUAUAAAUCGGGCAGAACAUCUACAGAUAUGUCCAUCAUCGAGCAUCUUCUGACAAGCACCCAUUGAGACCAAGUCAUGAAGUUUCAGGUAAUUUUGUAAUUCAGUCUCAGCAAAAGACGUUUCAGAUUAAGGCAAAAGUAAAGUAACUACUCCAUCUAUUAGCUACACGGCUUAUCCUGUUCAGAGUCAUAGAGGGCUGGAGCAAAUCCCACCUCUCACUGGACAAGAGAUAGCCAAUCAAUCACAGAGCUGACAUAUAGAGACAAAUAACCAGGCAUGCUCACACUCUCACCUGCGGGCAAUUUAGAAUCAUCAAUUAACCCAAAGAGCACGUCUUCAGCUGUGGGAGGAAGCUGGAGUACCUGGAGAGAACUCGCAUGCACAGGGAGUCUGACCAGCGAUUUAAACCUUCUUGUUGUGAUGUAACGGCACUAACCCCAGCAGCCUUAUGUAAUCUUAAAUGUAGUCAUAGUCUCAAUCUUCAGGUUGAAAAGCCUUUUAGUUUAAGUGACAACCUCAUCAUUUAUACACUUUAUAGUUUAAUCUAGUGUUAGUCAGUGAAGACAAACAAGCUUUUCAUCCAGCUUUAGUCCAUAAAAAGUCAUUUUAUUUUAGACAAAACAAUCAGUUGAGGGGCGCACAGAUAGCCCAGCGGUCUAAGGCGCUACCCAUGUACACGGGCAGCCUGGGUUUGAAUCCGGCCUGUGGCCCUUUGCUGCAUGUCUCUCCCCACUCUCUCCCAUUUCCAACUCUAUCCACUGUCCUCCUCUAUGUAAUAAAGGCAUGAAAAGCCCAAAAAUAAAUCUAAAAAACCCCCCAAAAAACCAUCAGUCGAAACAUUUGCACUCUUUUCCUAAUUCUGGUGCAAAUCAUACUUGUGUCUUACAUUCAAAACCUGGUAUCAAGGUUACUAAAGUUAACUAAAACUAACUAGCUAACUAAAACUAAAAUGUAAAUCAGUAUAGUUACCUGAAACUAAAUUAAACUUAGCUUUACUAAAAAAUGAAAAAUAACUAAAACUGUGUUGUGUGCUUACAAAGUAACUAAAAUUAAAUUAAAUUAAAGACUAUAUAUCCUUAGUUUCAGUCUUUUACAGCAGCAUACUAACCAACAUGUACACCUAAUCGCGGGGAGAGUAAAAUGGCCUGGUUUAAUGCAAGAAGACUUCACACAUUUGUUAAUUUUUAGGACCUGAGUUAUAUUCAAACAUGACAUUUAAAUAAACAAAAUGAAGAGUGAAGAGUUUUCUGUUUGAAUGUGAUGUUUGAAUAUUGUAUAAGUUUUAUUUAAGUAAGUUUCACCCCUGACAAGUACCUUUACUAAUAGAAACUUAACUAAAAUAAACAACCCAGCAGUCAAAGAUAAUUAAAACUAGGGCCGUCAAGAUUAAUCAAGUUAAUUGUGAUUAAUUAAAAUCAACAAUAAGUUUAUUAAUUUUUUGUUAUUGCAAUUAUUGUUGCUUUCAGCACACGUCAGCAUGUCCCUGCAGCCAUAGUGAUGUAAGAUAAGUCCACCACUGCUUCUUAAUGCCUCAAAAACUCAGCUUGGUAGAUGAGUCAGAAGUGAUCUGAUUUUUGUUAAUGAUCUCUCGUUUCAUUUUCAAUCUAUAAAGAGUUAUUUUUUCUGUUGUUCAGUUCAUGUUGAAAUCUUUGAUGUACCUCUAAAAGCAGGUCUGUAUCCAAAAAGGUAGUCAGUCAAGACCCCCCAAAAUAUGUAAAUGCAAAAUAGUGGAAUUUUAAAAUGUGAUACAAAGGGUGUGAUUAAUUGCAAACAACUACAAAAAUUACACAAUUAAUCCCGAUUAAAAAACAUAUCUUUUGACAGUCCUGAUAAAAACUAAACUGAAAUUGAAAAACUUAAUAAAAGUAAAGCUCAUAAAUUAUCCAAAACUAUUAUGACCUUGCCUGGUAACAGCUUGUGCUCUCUCCCAUAUCAUGGAUUUUAAUAUCCACUGAAUACAAAAUUACAUUUUAGUCUUAUUUGGUCUCCUUGUGAAAACUUAACAUACUUUUGCUUCGUCUUAGUCUCAUCGUCCUCAUGGAAAAGGAAGACGACAAAUAUUUUUAGUGAUAGUUACUGGUGAUAAAAUUAACACCGCUUACGCAUAACUUUUUAAAAAAGUAACCAAUGCAUUAUCAUUGCCUGGUUAAGUGAUAAGCAAGUGUUGUUGGAUGUUUGUAUUUCAGAUUUGUCCUCUGGCUUUGUUAACUAAAAUAAAGGUGCUUUAAAUAUAUUGUUUUUAGCUAACGUUGCUUUUGGGGAAGGGCCUCGAAUUACUCGUUUCCUUGGACCUCCAAUAUUCUAAAACUGGCCAUGUGGGCACCAGAAAUCUCUCUGUGGGCACUCAAAAUGUUCUUUCUAGCAUAAGAAACUAUCUCCUGAGCAUGUUAAACUGCCUUGAGCUCACGGGAAAUUGUCCAGUGAGCAUGGGUUAGCUUCUAGUGUGCACCAGAAUCUUUCAGAUAUUUUCCUUCUUUAGCCCGCGUCUCUUUUGUGGCUCUGUGUGGGAGACAGUUGAGGAGUAAAGAGCGAAGACAGAAGAUAUCGUAGCGAACAAAAAAAGUGUCAUAAAUCUAUCCUAUAAAAUUUAGUGCUACUUAGGUAGCAUGCUGAUGUUUCACCCCUGUUGUUUUCUGUUUGUUGUGUUGAUAUCACCACCUUUAAUUCAAAUGUUACGUCUUUAAAAUCAAGCGGCCAUUCAGAGCAGAGUCAGAGUGAAACAACACAUACAGUAAAUCUGAAGGAUUUCUAUGCAACAUCUACAGUUCAAAGGUGGUGUCUCUACUCGCCAGAAUCAUGACUUGUGGAAGCAGAAGCACUGACAUUUACUUUCGCUUUGCACUGCUGUGUUUUCAUACUGUUCGUUAUAUAUUUUACUUAUUUAAGGUGUUAUUUUGUACUGCUAUUUAGUCUUUAUUUAUUGCCCGUGAUACGAUUUCAUAUGUUGUAAUAUAUUUGUUUACGGUACAUAUCAGUUGUACAUAAAAAGAUGAGAAAUUUUGUUUUAUACACGAUCUAGUGCUUGUUUACAACGUUUAGAGGGCCUGAAACUCAGAGAAACAACUUUUUUUGCCCUUGCACGAACAUACACAAAAACAUCAUCCACACAAGCCCCUCCUAAAAAAAAAAAUCACUGUCCUAUUCAAGUAAUUCCCAUCUUUUUAUGCACCCCCUUUUUGAGUGUGUGUAUGACCAAAAUGACCAAAAUAGACAACAUUGUUAUCAAUGGAUGUUUCCUGAAAUGUUGCUCGGUGUUCAUUUGUUUUACUUUUAUUGCCAUGUGCUUGUGUGUGUAGCAUCCUCAUACAAAGUUCAUGCAUGUCAUUGGCUCUGAUGCAUAUCUCUUCUUUUAAGUGUCGUCUGUCUAAAGAUAUUGACUCUCAAACACAAUCACACAAACACAAACACACAGAUGCCAUGUCUCUAUUCCCAACUUUGUAAAUACAUAGCUUUUUUUAUACUGGGGUUUGGGGAGCAAUAUGUCUUUUAGCAGACAAAAAAAGGUGCGUCAUAGAAGUAAAAGGACGUUUUUUUUCUUCUCGUGAUCAAUGUACAGACUAAGAAAGGAGCUUUCUGUCUAUAGGGACCCACAUUUCCCCGACCCUCGACACAAAACACUAAAAGUUUACCAGAGUCUAACUACACUGAAGUCUAUCUAAACAAGUCGAGCAGGAGAAUCUCAAUGUGCUCACACUGGAUGUUGCAUGCUUUGUUGGUGGUUCAUACUAUUUUUGUGUCCAGAUAUUAUUAAAGAAAAAAAUGAGGUAGAGAAAGAUAUAGAACAAAAUGUUAUAGAGGGAGAAAAUACAAUUAUUAACAAAGAUGUAUGCUGACUGUACAAAGAUUAUGCUUGUAAAACCUGUCUGGUUUUUCACUUGUAAGUAAAAAAAAUCUACUGUCAUGGUUUUGUGAUUGUAUACAGGAGGUAUUGAUAAAUUAUGCAAAUUGUGCUGUAAA